AUGCAGUCAAUCAUACGGCAAUCUCUUCGAUCACUACAAUCCACAGCAUACUCAAGACCUGUGCUACGAGAACUGCGGACUCGCAGCGCUUUUCCCCCAGACCAACACUGCGGGCCUUCUCGGAACAUAGACAAGGAAAAAGAAAAAAGCCCAGAGGUCGAGAAUGCGCUCAAGGCUGCGAGGGAGGCUCAGGCGAGCCAGCCUAUCUUGAUGCCCGGACCGGUUGCUGAGAGUCCGAGUCCGAGCCCCUCUGAGGAGCUUGAUCGAUCUGCAGAAGAGUCAAUAGCGAAAGGGAUGGAACAGGGUAUACUGGAUCAUCUUGAGUCGGAGAAAAAAAAAACCGAGGAGAAGGAGAGUCAGAGUCCGAGUCAGGCUGGUAGCCCCGACGUGCGGGGAGGUCUCCCGUCUUACAUUGAGAGCCGCCGUUCACAAUGGUCGAAGCAGUUCAGCUCUAUGAUGGAUAACAUGCAAUCGAAUGUUUUUGUGGCUGGCCAGCGAUUGAAUGAUCUAACAGGGUACUCUGAGAUCGAAGCACUAAAGAAGGAGAUUCAUGGACAAGAGGAACGUCUCCGUUUAGCUCGACUCCAAAUUCGAAAAGCCAAGGAAGAAUACACAGCUGCUAUAAACAACCGUUCCAAUUCGCAACGGGAGAUUAACGAGCUCCUACAACGCAAACAUGCAUGGUCCUCAACAGACCUGGAACGCUUCACCCUCCUCUACCGUAAUGACCAUGCCAACGAGCUCGCAGAGUCUGAAACGCAAGAGGCGCUAUCUCGGGCUGAGCACGAGGCCGAAGAAGCGGCUGUCCAGUUGAGCAAGUGCAUUCUCUCGCGCUACCACGAGGAGCAGGUGUGGUCUGACAAGAUUCGACGCAUGAGUACCUGGGGUACAUGGGGUCUAAUGGGCGUGAACGUGCUUCUCUUCCUCGUGUUCCAAAUCGCAGUUGAGCCAUGGCGUCGCAGCAGAUUGAUCAAGGGAUUCGAGGAUAAGGUUGUCGAAGCGUUGGAGAAAGAUAAAUCAUACAUUCACCCGGCUGUUGUUGUUGAUGGUCAAACCACCUUCUUCACCGAGGUUAUCGAUUCAACCCUCGAAAACUCUCCUUCCCCUCCAGCCGCUGAGUCCCGCGCUCAAUCUAGCCAAAAGGAAGAUUCUCCUGUUCCGGCUACUGAGGUUGCCGCUGCUGCUGUCAUUGAGGCAGAACCAUUGUUGGCGGUAGAAUCGCCCGCGUCCAUCUUCCAAUCACUCUACUCUUGCCUUGCUAAUAUCUCAUACUCACCACUUACUCUUGAAUAUUGGCAGCAAGCACGGGAUGAGCUCUUCAGUGACCGCCGCGUCGCUGUUUCUCAGCGUGAUCUGACUGUGGCUGCUCUACAGAGUGCUUCUGCGGGUGCGAUCAUCCUAGCUUUGAUAGUCGCGCUGACGGGAUUCAAUUAA